AUGUCAACCCCUACCGAGAUUACCCAAGACCGCGAGUCUCUCCGGACGAUGGGCCUCGCAGGCCUCGUAGAGCUCUACGACGUAGUCAUGCAAGACUGGAACUUUGGAGACCCCGUCACCAUGCCCACCCUCCGAACUCACACAUUUGCCGAAGCCUCUAUCGAAGUCGGCACUAUCGCUAAAGACCUCCCCGUCGAAGGUGGCGGUGUCCUCUCCAACAACCGCAAGAGAAAAGCCAAGGCUUUCCUCAUGAUCAAGCGCAUCAACGACAACGACGAUCACGGCUUUCUUUGGUGCGAUGCCGACGGCAAGCCAGUGCGGCGCAGCUGGAUCAAGAAGAAACGCGGUCUCGCCAUGUCUAUUGUUAAAGAGGAGCUCGUGGAGGAUUACAAUAACCACGAGAUCAGCUUUGUCGAUGAGUAUAAUGCUGCGAUUUGGCUUGCUCAUGCGAGAACAAAGGUGAAUGCAUAUGUAGAGCGGGCUCGGGCUGGGGUGAGUGAUGGAUCGCGAAUUACCUUUGAGGGGGAUCGAUUCAAGAAGAAGGAAUAUGUCUUUUGCUUUGAGGAGGAUCCUGAGAUCAAUGGGACUCAGUGA